AUUAAUUUAUUUAUGAGUCCUGCCGCUUUUGACGGCGUACGAAUUAUUUGACUUAAUUAAUGUUGGAAGAAAAAAGAGCAAUUAAAGGAAUUGGUCAGCUAGAGAGAGAAGGUAAAGUUAGAGAGAGACUUUUGCUCUAACCUCUCUCCUACUUUGUUUCUCCGCACGUUUCGACCGUUGGGAUGCCUCCGCAGGAGGCGGAGGAACACCUCCACAACCUCUGGACGGCUCCCCUACGUCUUCACCCAUCCAACCGAGCAAGAAGGCUAAAUCGACCGCCACUGAUGGCUUCUCCGGCCAGUAAGACAUGGAGGUGGCCAUAGUUACUGCCAGAAUCCAAGAUGUGGAUGUGGAUGUGACUACAUCUGAAGAUGGUGGAAUGAGAAAUCGUGUAGCAGUUAGCGGCCAGCAGAAAUUAGAAAACCCCAGGACCUCAUACAAGGACUCCUUUCUUGGAAAUGGCCCCCCACCGGAAGAGGAGGAAGAUUUCGGGGAUGCUCUAAUGUCCGAUGAGUCGGAAGGGGAAGAUGCCAAGGACGACCCCUUCUGCCCGAUGAUUCAGAUAAAAAAGAAGACCGAUGCCAGGGUGCGUCGCCAUUGGGGCAGAGCAAUCACAUUCUGGAUUCUGGGUAAGACCCUCCCCUUCGCCUUUGUUCAACGAAGAAUCCUCAGCAUGUGGGCAAAGACCGGUGGCGUCAAGAUGGGCGAUAUUGGGAAAAAAUAUUUUCAAGCUAUGUUCGAUUCACAACUGGAUUACAACAGAGCACUCUACGGAGGCCGUGGACGAUUGGCGAUCACUAUGUUGUUUCCGAGCCGUGGAGGCUCGAUUUUGAUCCGGAUUUUGAUCUUAUCUUCAAAACCGCAUUUUGGGUGCGCCUCCCCCGACUCUCACUCGCAUAUUUCGAUGAGGAAAUCCUCGAAGACAUCAAAAGCAAGCUGGGCAGGGUGAUCAAGAUCGACUACAACACCUCUAACGGGUUUCGAGGUAACUAUGCCAGAAUAUGCGUUGAGGUUGAUUUAAGGGAAAAGCUGGCUUCUAAGUAUCGAAUCAAGAGGAGGGUCAGGAGGGUGGAGUAUGAAGGACUCCACCUGAUAUGUUUUGAGUGUGGACACUACGGCCAUCAAGAAGAGAAUUACCCUGCGAAAAAACCUACCCAGAACACCCCCCAGAACGUACAACGAUGGAUGGCAGCUACAUGAACUCGACUGAGGUGGUAAUACGACCAGAGGUUUUGGAGGACUACGACCCCUGAACGAUUGCCACCCGGACUAAGAGAAGGAAGCAACCACAGCGUGCCCAGACUAGAGAGGAUAAGAAGAAGACUGAGGCCCUUGCCAAUGGUUUGCGCUUCAAUGUUUUGGGACAGGACAAGGAGGGAGCUCCUGAUGGAACAGCGGAGGACCUCCACAAUCAGCCUAGCAAGAGCAGUAGGGAGUUUGAGCAACCGAAUGGAGGACUCAGCAAUGAUACUGUGUCCAGCGAGCCUCCUGCAACAGAUAAUGGCAUUAUUAAUAAUAAAAAAAAGGAAGGCCAGCAAAGGAAAGUUAAAAGUGCAACCGAAAAGAGAAAUAGGAAGGAUCAUCAGAAGGUUUUGCUGGAAACGAAUUCCUCUAAAGCAAAAGAGGGAACCUCAACGAAGAAGAUGGGGGCCAGCUCGCCCACCCCAAUUGGCAGCUCCGGAGAGAAAAGGCCGGAACCAGACAGUGAGGGUGCUAAGUCCACUCUUGGUAAGCAGCUUGGCAACUCCAAACCUAAGAGCCCCACAAAAUCUAGAAAAGGGGGAGGUAAGGAGAUGACUGGUGGCACCAGAGUUGGCCAUCACCCUAAGAUGAAGGAACAAACAUCUAAGGAUGCCUUAAGUCUCCCAAGAUGAAGCAUAAUUCUCCCCCGGAUAAUGUGACUAUUCUAUCCUGCAAAAUUGACUUCAACACAAGUCUUGGAGCGGGUAUAUUCAUGCAAGAAAAUGCAAACCAGUCCUAGACAGCUGCUGCUAGCAACUCGAAAGGAGUGGAGGAGACGGCCAUGGUCGUCGAUCAACCCUGAUUUGCGACCCUUGGGUCGUUUGGAGAACCUUCCGCCCUUCCAUUUAUUUUUAUGGUUAAGUUUUCUCCUGAAAUUGUCAUGGUGAAAAGCACCACAAAUUUAAGUCGUCACUUGAGAUGUAUAAAGUUGCCCACAACCCUGACAUUGUGUGUAUACUUGAGCCAAGGAUCAGUGGAAGAGAGGCUGAGUUAGUGUACAAAUCCUUGGGAUAUGACUCCUAGAUCAUAUCAGAGGCUAGUGGUUACAGCGGGGAGAUUUGGGUGCUAUGGAACAAAGACAAGGUCUCGCUGGUGGAGCUUGAAAAUGAACGUUAAUUCAUUCACGUUAGAUGCACCUUGCCUAGUAAGGAAGUUUGUCAUGUCUCUAUUGUUUAUGCAAGCCCUAUGAAUACACAAGAAGGGAGCUUUGGGAGUCUUUGAGAAGCAUCAACAGAAGAAUCUCAACUUCAUGGCUGAUCGUAGGGGAUUUCAACUCCAUCAUCGGUGCUAAUGAGAAGCAAGGAGGAGCUCCUUUCCGGUUUGCCAAAACCAAAAGCGUUCAAGGAGUGUAUCGAUGAUUGUAGACUCAUCGACCUAGGCUUCACCGGGCCUAGGUUUACUUGGUUCACAAGUGGAUCCAAGAUCAAGGAACAGGGCCGGCCCAUAAUAUUUGGAGACCCUAUUUGAAAAUUCAAAAUUUGGCCCUUAAAAUAUUUUUUGCAAAUUUAUUGAAAAUAAAAAUUAUUAAAUAUU